AUAGGCGAUAGCCGCAGUUGUCAAACAUUCAUUGUUUUCUUCUUUUCUAGUGUUAUUGAGUUCCGUAAAAUAUGGAUACCAAUUAAACAAUACAUAUUACCACAUAACUAUUAUAAUUUAUGUUAUAUUUGUGAAAUUGAGUAUUUCAAGAAGUAUUCCAAAAUGACGGCGAUUGGGCCUGAGUUUUAUAAUUUUUUGUCAAUGCUCGAAGAAAACGGAGACAAAAUAUCCAGUGGAAUUACAUUAGAACAACCUCCUAAUUUUCAGUUUAAUAACUCUACAUGCUCUGUUUGCAAUGGAUACUAUGGCCCAAGCUUUGGUGAACCAGUGUGUGUGACAUGCCAUGCGUUUCUGUUCCCUGACUUUCCCUCUUAUUUACCUACAUCAUACUUCUGCAAUGAAAAGACAGAUGAUGGUGACUCGGGAAAUGAUGAGCCAUCAGAUCUGAACUAUAGUUCAGAUCGUAGAGUGAACAGAUUGUUCCCUUCCAUAUGGUAUUAUAGGAGCUCUCUGGAUAGCGAGACAAGUCCCGAGGAUGAGGCCAGCCGUGCUAGUAACUCGGGGCCGGGAGCCAGCAGUAGCGGCGCCAGCGCGGGGGGCAGCGUCACUGGCGUACCCGUCGCGGGUCCCGAUGACCAAGCGGGGCAGGGUCACCCGCCGCCCCCGCCUAGUCUAGCGCGCUCUUUGCAAGCCCUCUCUACUCCACGCCCACCUGAAAAUCUUGCGCCUGGACUUGUAGAACAACUGCCAUCAGAAGUGCUGCUGUGCAUAUUCAGCUACCUGGACGACAUGUCUUUGUGCGCAUGCUCGACGGUGUGCGCGCGCUGGUGGCGGCUGGUGCGCGCGCGCGUGGCGCCGCGACGCUGGGCCGCCUUCACCGCGCGCCGCUGGCCGCUCUACCGACAUCUCACCGCCACCAUCGACUGGCACAAGAAGUACCAGUCUUUGGUUGAGUCGUGUUUCUGCCGCAACUGCCUUGUGCAGAUGUGCGUGCAGGCGCAACCCUCCGGCGAGGAGAACGCCUGGCGCCGGAACAGGCUAAGGAUCGAACUCAAGAUGUUACGCAACGACCCUCCCGAGGGCAUAGCGGCCACUCCGCUAGACCCCAAGUGUUGUCACUGGCAGGCGAGCAUCCUCGGCCCAGUCGGCUCGCCGUAUGAGGGCGGAAUAUUCUACCUGUACAUACAAGUCCCUUACUCAUACCCAAUGAGUCCGCCCGUCGUUCGUUUCCUGACGAAGAUCCUGCACCCGAACGUGUCCCGGCACGGCGACGUCGGUAUUGACUCGGUGCAUCACAACUGGUCGCUGGCACUGACGCUCAGCAAAGUCCUUAUAUCUAUACAGAGCCUGCUCACAGACCCUUAUACAGCGGUAUGCAUGGAGCCGGAGGUAGGCGAGAUGUACGUGCGAGACAGAGCCAAGUUCGAGUCCCUGGCGCGCCGGUGGACGUGGCGAUAUGCUAUGCACGACUUAUUUCCAUACUAGGCUACAACCCAAAAUAGAACAUACUGUAUAAAUGAUCAGCAUUGCUUUUCUGUAAAAUAUUCAAAUAUGAACCUUAAAACGCGUUAUUACAAUAUACUUUAGUUUUUUGAAGUUACCAUGGUAAGAUAUAUCAUUGCAAUGUAGAAAUUAAGUGUAGGCAAUACACCAUGGUUUAAGCUUUAUUAUAGUUCAUCAACUAAUGCUGUUUUCUUUAUUAAAAAAAUGACGAGGGUGACCUAUGUGUACUCACUAGUGAUGUAGAAAAAUGUAUGUAACCAUCGACCACAAUUUGUAAAUAGUAAUCAUUGAAGGUCAAUUUAAGGAAAUAUAUGAAUAUGAUUCAAAUAUUGA